GUGAUCUACGGCUUCAUGCAGUCGAUGAUCGUCCUCCCCGUCCUGCUCGUCUCGUGGAAGGCGGGCUGGACGCACGCGCCCCCCUCGGCGCCCCUGCUCCGCGUCCUCCUCGAGUCGUGGCAGCCAACCUACCUCGACAUGCAGCAGGAGCAGCAGCAGCAGCAGACCGACAGCAAGCCACAGACCGCCACCGAACUGUCGUCCACCGGCAGCGUCGGCGCCGUCUCGCCGGCGCAGGCAGCCGGGGCAGCUUGCGGUGCCAGCGGCCAAAGAGGCACCGACACCGACGAGGGCGGCGCCGGGAGCAGCCCGGCUUGCGAGCCGGAUCUGCGGCCCGGCGGCUUGCGGUGA